AUGGAUGGUACUUCUUGGGAUGAAGAAAUUUUACAAGACUUGUUUGAUAAUCGGGAACAACGAUUGAUCAAGCAGAUUCCUGUCAAUACUGACCAAACAACCGAUUUUAUUUUCUGGUGUAAGGAGCCGACUGGUCUAUUCACAGUCAAGAGUGCUUACCAUGCUUUACAAGAAUUGAAAGGCCUAACCAACGAUGUAGAUGCAUCUGUUUUUUGGAAAGUUCUGUGGUCUUUGAAGCUUCCCCCGAAAAUUAAAAAUCUAAUGUGGAGAGCUGGUUCUAGUUGUCUCCCCACACUUGCACAGCUUGCGUCAAAGUUUGUUCCCGUCAACACUCGUUGUCCGUUAUGUGAUGAGUUUGAUGAGACCAUUUCUCAUGUCUUGCUCACUUGCCGAGCCAUUAAGCAAGUAUGGGAAAGAGUGGCGAUAGUAGUGUCUGCAAAAAGCUAUCUUGAUCAAUGGCAAAAUGCUCAAAAAACUCAAAUUGAGACAUCUUGGACUACUCUUCAGUCCUAUGAUGGGGUUGAGCAUUGGAUUAAACCUGAAGUUAACAGUAUCAAGAUCAAUGUGGAUGCGUCUAUUUUUGAAGGACAAAAUCGGUUUGGAGGUGCUUUUGUUGUUCGAGACCAUAAUGGAAUGCUUGUUGAGGGGCGUACCAAACUCUACAUAGGGAAUAUGGUACCGGCUGUGGUGGAAGCUUUGAGCUUUCGGGAAGCUCUAAGUUGGAUUAAAGACCAUUCGACUAACCGUGUGAUCCAAGAAUGUAAAGCCUUGUUGGCUUCUCUAAGAAAUGUUGAUUUUUGUUCUGUUAAGCGGUCAGCUAAUAAAGUCGCUCAUGAGUUUGCAAGAGCGUCUCUAUUGUAUCCUGAUUGUAUUUUCAGUAUGGAAAAUAUUCCAACUGAUUUGUUGCCAAUGUUGGUGACAGAAUUUGAAGGUUAA